UAUGCUUUUCAAUAGUAGUACUGCAAGUUUAGUCUAAACCAGGGGAAGGGAUCAAGGUUCUCUUUGAAACAUUUCAGAUGUUUUGCUCGUUAGAACAUACUCUUUUCAGCCUAAAAGCUUUGUUCUUUGCAGCCAAAAUAUUGAAAGGCAUCUUGCUGGGAAGGGAUGGGUGGGUAAAAAGAUUACUGCAUCCCUUGGAAUGAACUAUAACCUAAAAUGUUGAAGGCAAGGAUGUCAAGCUGGGCAAUUUAUACUUUCUAGGAAGCCACCACUGUACCUUCAGCACUAAAGAAACUUAUUGCAGGACUAAGUACAGGGAGGCAGCCCAGUUUCUCCCCACAACAUGAUUUAAACGUCUUUCAGAAGUAGGCAUUAAAACACACAGAAACCUACGGUAUUGUUUUGCUCUUGGCACUGCCUGCUAGGAAAAAAUGUAAUUUUUUGUUGGAAGGACCCUCCGAAGGUCAUUUAGAAUCCCUGGUGCAAAGCCUAUGCUAUUAAGUCAUUUCUGUUGGGGUUUCUGGGACCGGGGGUCCCAUUCCUUGCAGGAAAAGCCACUUGGCUAGGGUUUGGGGGAUUGCUCACUGCUGCUGUCUUCCUGUAACCUGCCCUACCCAUCUCUUCUCUGCCACAAAGAUAGUUUUCUGUGCCCUUGUAGCAGGAAGAGAUGGGAAAGUCGAGCAUGGUUUGUUCGCGCCCUCCCAAGCUGUCUUCAAAGCAUUCAAACAAGACUUGUUGAGAAAGCUUAGGCUUUUAAACAUGCAUUUCAGUCGAAAGCUUGCAAAGGCUUGAUCACACAGAGGUGUGUUUUUGUGCAUCCAUAAACAUGGCAAUGUCCUUUCGAUUAGGCUUGCAAUGUUGCAUGCUAGCCCGAUUUACUCACUUACAUUAGAGUGUGGAGCAGGGAAGAUGCAAUUCUUGGGACAAUUCAAAUUUUACCCCGCGCAGAAAAGCACUUCGGACAGAACGGUGGGGGGGGGGGAAAGGGAGGUGAGAUCGUGAAUUAUGUUAUUCGCAAGAACUUUUGGUUCUUCCUCUGUAAGGUGUAGCUGCUUCUUCCGUUUUAUAACUAGGAGGUGUCGAUUUUGCCCUUGUGUUUCAGGAUGCCCGGGCAUGUCUUCAUCAUGGGGUGCCAGAUAUGCGAAGCUGCAGUGCUACAUGAUUCAUUGGUCCUGCGACCUGCUUUCCUAAGUGACAUUCAUAAAGCACACACCUAAACCUAUCAGUCUUGAUCUAGAUGUUACUGUGCUGGAAAUAGCACUGCUUGUGAUCAAUAAAAAUCUGUUCUCAUGCUUGCCAAGUACAAAGUACGCUUGGACAUCUGAUUGAAAAGUAUCAGGGUUUUUUGUUUUGUUUUUGCAAGACAUUGUCCUUUUAUGUUCUGCUUAGCUGUGCUAGGAUGUUUGCCAUCAAUCAGGGUGGAUUUGAUUUAAAUCAAUCUGAUUUAAAUCAUGAUUUAAAUCACGAUUUAAAUCACUAGUCAGUAAGGCUUGAUUUAAAUCAUAGUUUUCUACAUAAAGACUAAUUCUUUCUGGUAUAACUUUAAUAUGCAAGUAGAUGAAGAUUUUUAGAAUAACAACUUUUCAUAUUAGUUUUUUAUCCCCAGUUUAAUGGGUUAUUCAUAUUUGGACAACUUUACUGUUGUACUUAGGAAGGAGUAAAAUAAUCAUUACCUUAAUAAUAACAAUUUAAAUAGAUUUAUUCAACUGAAACAAUAACAUUACAGCAUAUGUUAUUUGCUUAAACAAACAUCCAUGUUUGUUAACUAAUUUGGCUAAACAAAAUAAUAUAUUUUAAGAAACUUAGACUGUCAGCCCAGCCUACACAUGAAAAACUUAAAUACUGUCCACUCCAAACAAUCAGAAAAAUAUUGUUUCUAUUCUAUUCACUGAACUUCUUGAAACUUAGCACUGAAGGGGGUGUUUCUGUAUUCAUAGGUUUGUAGAACAAUAGGAUUAAGGUCUUUUUCUCAACUCUGUUCAUGUUAUAACAUUUUUGCUGUGAAGAAGAGGCAUGUGAUCUCUGUUGAGUCAAAUUCAGUUUUGAGAACUGCAAAAGUAAACCAAGCAUCUGUGACAAUAUCUUGUAGGGUUAGGGUUAGGGUUAGAAACUGCCCAAUAAUCUUACAAAAACCUCUGGAAGAGCAUGACAUUGUGAAUGGAUUAAUGGAAUUUAUUUACCCCAAAAAUUAAACAUAUACAACCUUAUUCUACAUAAUUAAAAAACUAAUCUUUAUUUCAUGAUGGAAUAACCUUUGGAUGGUAAUAUAUUUUCCUCAAAAAGCAUUUUAUUUAAAAAAAUCCGAUUUAAAUCAAAAAAAUCGAUUUAAAUCAAAAAAAUCCGAUUUUUUUUAUUUUUUUAAAAAAAUCAUUGAUUUUUAUCCACCCUGCCAUCAAUAAAUCUAUGCAGUUGCAUCGUGCAGGGAGGACCAGAGGGUUGGUGGCCCCCGGCGCAUUUGGUAGGGGGCACAUGUUGCUCCUCGCCGCCCCGCCUGCCCUGCGAACCUCUGGGGAAAUUGCAAAAACACGUGCCUCAGUUAAAAAGAUCGCUCCCCACAUCAAAUAGGGGUGCGCAUUUUGCGUGGUCGUGUGCAGCCCCCGGAUCCCAGUGCGGUGCCCAGUAGUACGGGCUGGCUUUGCCCUCCCGAGAAUGGAUACCUGGAGGUCUCCACCUACCUCAGCCAAUCGCCCAAUCCUGCCUGGGAAGGUGUUGCCAAGGGAUCGGCCAGGUAGGGUGAGGGACCGCCCUGCCCACACAACAGAAGGUGAAUCUUACCUGCGAAGCGUCAGUUGGCUCCAGAGCUUCUCCCACCCUGCCCUCCCUCAGUUAAGCCUUUUUUUUUUGCAGGUUAAACUCUUCCCGACCGGUACGCAGGAGCUGCUACGUCAUGGUCGCUGUUGAAGGGCCGGAAAGGAAUUUUCCUGCAUUGGCAGGUUUUGCCUUCCCCGUAGCAAAGUGUCACAACUUUAGCGGUUUCAGGCCCCUGGGCAGAAUCCUUUAGUCUAUCUUCCUAAAUGGGUGGGUGGGGUGAAGCGGUGACCCACGCCCUCCUUGCGGCGGUGAUCCCAAGGUUCCCCAUUAAAGGGGUCUUGAGGGGAGGCAUUGGCCAUACGCCGAUAGGUUGUCAUUGCUCUCCCCUGCAACGGUGGCGAACGGGGGGAGGGUUCUCUGCUUGAACAUAUGUUCUCCAGAGCCAGCCCAAUCCCCACACAUUCUGGAUAACCCUGAUGUCCCCCAGCUCCCCGGCUGGGGACUGGUAAGGAUAAAGGCCCAAUGCCUGAGCCAAGGUCUCCCUCCAUCUGAAACUUAAUAAAGUUGUGGCCAAUUUUAAUCCCAUAGCACGUUGUCUUGAGUCAUUAUUCCGCUCAGGGGUCGCCUGGGGGUUUGGGGGAACUCCGCCUGUCCAUGCAAUGUGUAUGCAGUUUUCAUGGGGAUUUUUUUUUUAAAAGGCUGAUUGCUAUGGAAAUGUGGGAAACUAGAUUUUUAAGCUUGGAAAAAUGAGAGAUUAAGAGAACCAAAUUUCACAAGGUCCUUCUAUCCCUACUCUCCAGAGGCUUUUGUGAUUUUAAGUGCAAUCUCAUUUUGCAUGUGGACUUAAAUUGAGUUUUCUUCUGUCUCUUAAGUUACAGGAGUCAACAUUUGACGGCAUCAACUGGGAAACGGAUUUGCAGUUCAUUUUUUGUUGCCUUUUCUUCUCUGUUCGAACGUAGAUGCCCUUGCCCCUUUCAUCUGCCAUUACACAGUAAUAUUUACCAGCUGCAACAUGGACGCAAGCAAGAAAACAGAUCCCCCGGUGUCAGUGGAACUGGUCCAAAAGGCAAAUCCCGACCGCAGCCCAGUGCCAUCCAUUUACGUACCCGAACAAGGUGGCUACAAAGAGAAAUUUGUGAAUGCAGUGGAGGACAAAUACAAGUGUGAAAAGUGCCACCUCAUAUUGUGCAAUCCAAAGCAGACGGAAUGUGGACAUCGGUAUUGUGAGACCUGUAUGAAUGCUUUGCUAAGCUCUGCAAUUCCAAAAUGUACAGCAUGUCAAGAAACAAUAGUGAAAGAUAAGAUAUUUAAAGAUAAUUGCUGUCGGAGGGAGCUUCUUGCCCUUCAGAUAUUCUGCAGGAAUGAAAACAAAGGUUGCAGAGAACAAUUGACCUUGGGACAGUUGCUUACUCAUCUGAGAAAUGACUGCCUGUUUGAAGAGCUUCCAUGCCCUCGUGCUGAUUGUAAGGAGAAAAUACUGCGGAGAGACUUGCCAGACCACGUAGAGAAGACCUGUAAAUAUCGGGAAACAACGUGUAAAUACUGUAAAAACCAAGUCCCAAUGAUUAUGAUACAAAAACAUGAAGAUGCAGACUGCCCUUGCGUUAUGGUCACAUGUCCUCAUAAAUGUAGCGUUUCAGCGCUCCUGAGAAAAGAGUUGAAUGCACAUUUGUCAGAAUGUAUUAAUGCCCCAAGCACCUGUAGUUUUAAGCGUUAUGGCUGCAUUUUUCAGGGAACAAACCAGCAAGUCAAAGCACAUGAAGCCACCUCAGCAGUGCAGCAUGUAGACUUAUUGAAAGAGUGGAGUAAUUGUCUAGAAAAUAAGGUGGCCAUGCUCCAGAAUGAAAGUUUGGAAAAGAACAAGAGUAUACAAACUUUACAUAAUCAGAUUUGUAGCUUUGAAAUAGAAAUUGAGAGACAGAAGGAAAUGCUGCGGAGUAAUGAGUCCAAAAUACACCACUUACAGCGAGUGAUAGACAGCCAAGCUGAGAAGCUGAAAGAAUUGGACAAAGAGAUCCGUCCUUUCCGACAGAACUGGGAGGAAGCAGACAGCAUGAAGAGCAGCGUCGAGUCCCUCCAGAACAGAGUGACUGAGCUGGAAAGCGUCGAUAAGAAUGCCGGGCAAGGAAAUAGGAAUGCAGGUAUGCUAGAAUCACAAUUAUCUAGGCAUGAUCAGAUGCUGAGCGUCCACGACAUCCGAUUGGCUGAUAUGGAUCUCCGCUUUCAAGUUUUGGAAACGGCCAGCUACAAUGGAAUAUUGAUCUGGAAAAUCCGAGAUUAUAAACGUCGGAAGCAAGAGGCGGUCAUGGGGAAGACUUUGUCCUUAUACAGCCAACCUUUUUAUACGGGGUACUUCGGCUAUAAGAUGUGUGCCAGAGUUUAUCUCAAUGGAGACGGCAUGGGAAAAGGGACGCACUUGUCCUUGUUCUUCGUCAUCAUGCGGGGAGAAUACGACGCAUUGCUUCCGUGGCCCUUCAAGCAGAAAGUCACCCUGAUGUUGAUGGAUCAAGGACCUUCCCGGCGCCAUUUAGGGGAUGCUUUCAAACCAGACCCCAACAGCAGUAGUUUCAAGAAGCCCAGCGGAGAAAUGAAUAUUGCUUCUGGCUGCCCAGUGUUCGUUGCACAGACCGUUCUAGAAAACGGAACAUAUAUUAAAGAUGAUACUAUUUUUAUUAAAGUCAUAGUGGAUACAUCGGACCUACCAGACCCCUGACGUAUAGAAAGAGAGGCAGAGUCAACAGAAGACAACUCCAUUUGGGGAUCUUUUUUAUAUCUACCUGUCUUCAAUAAGAGGUCCCUAAAGCUCAGAGGGGACCACCUUGUGUUAACAGAAGGAAGCAUUUGGAGACAUAAAUUUGCAUAGGGGUCCAAUGGCAAACGUAGCAACCCAUUAAGAAGUCAUACCAUGGUAUAUUUUCUAAUUAAAACUAAUAGGAACACUUCGAGUUCUGACAAGUCACUUAAUCCUCAUGAGGACAAAAGAUUACAGUCAGAAAACCUUUUCGUAAUUUAUUGGUAAUCUCUUAAUCAGUUGGAAGGGGGAGGGGGGAGGGGAAAGACAAAAUAUCCUGUGCUGGAAAAGACACGAAACUUUUAUUCCUUUUUAACUAGAAAACAAAAGUAAAAGUUCACAUGUGGGUUAGCUAGAAACUGUCAGCAUGUUAAGUUAAAAAGAAGAAGAAGAAAUUAUGAAGUAGCAUUGCAGUUAAAAGAUAUUAUUACUUUGAAAAUCGAUAAGUGCAAUCCUGUUUGAAAUACAGUAUAUUGUAUAUUUUUAAGGCCUCUCCUGGUCUCUGUUUUAAAAUAAUUACUUUGCCAGAAGACCUCGACAGAAUGUCCAGAUCUUCUCGAAAGUGUCUAAAUCAGAGUCAUAUUUUUGUUUAGAGUUCUAUUAAUUGCUACAGAAAAAAAGCAUUUUAUUUUAAAACUGUUGAUAGACUGAUAUUUCUUGGAAGAAAAAAAAAGAUCAAAUGCAGGUUAUCACUUGUGAUAUGAAAAGAAACUAUUCAACUACAGCUGUUAUUUCUCUUUAGAAAUGUAAACCUAACAAUAUAUGUCGUAGUUAAUGACACUAUUUCAAAAUUAAGAAAAGAUAAUCACUCAUGGAUGCUGUGCAUCAUUAUCAGAUUUAUAAUUUUCACCCUAAAAUAGGGCAUUUGUUGAACUUUGGAGUUCUAAACGGAAUCCUGUAUGUUUUUAAAGUUCUGCCUCAUGCGCUCAGACCAAGCUCUAUAAAAAUAUAUCUAUAUAUCUAUAUAUAAUCUAUUUUUUUGCUAAAGCAUAAAUGUGCAACAUAUUUUUGGUGUUUGAGAAGGGGGCAUAGUGCUGAGUAAUACCUAUAUAGGAAACCUGCUAAUUGACACCUCUGCUUAGGAAUUAACCGCAUCCUGCAGAGGACAAUCCGUUAGGAGAAAGCAGUGUCUUAAUUGGAGAACCGGUGGCUUGCAUGCGAUUCAUGUGCCUUAGCUGUGAUGUGCUGCUUUAUAGCUCAUAGCUUUGUAUUCAGAUUUUAAGUUCAGAUUCCUGAAAUGGUCUCUCUUUUUUUUUUUUAAACUGGACUUUAGGCAUAAUGUGCUGACUGGUCUGUAAAAACCCACACCGAUAUUUUUUGCAAGAUACGGAAACAGAAGCCAAACAGCUGUGCUUCUGACUUAACCAGAUAUUCCACCCGUUCAGUGUUGUGGAAUACUACUUCUUCAGGUGCUAUAUCUAUAUUUUUGGUGCACGGUGCUCCUAUGGAGCCAGGACUUCUGACAGCGCCCCUGUUUCCAAGGAGAGCUGCUGUUCAAUGAUGCCAUGCUCCUAGGUAGCAGAGCUAACAUCAUUUCAAACUGGCUCGGUUUCAGAAUGUGCAAGGGGAUGCAUUGAACUAUUGCAUUCAGGUUGGUUGGCUUUCUGGCGGAUGCGACAUGCAUCCUUGCAGGGGGAAACCCACUGGACCCUGCUGUUAUAAACGACUACCUGAGCCUUUGCUAGGAAGCAUCUUUCCCAGCCUUCGAAUCAUGCUGAUUGCAACCCACAGAACUUACCGACUUCUGUUUUUAAUAGUCCCUUGUGCGACUAGUAAGUCUAAUGGCAUAGCUUGACCUGUACUACUACGCCAACCAUGUGGGUGCUGCUUUUUAAUUGCAUGGGUGGCUGUGUAACACUAGAGUGCUCCCCCUGGACAGAGCUGACGUGCACGUGGGCGCAGAGGGACCGUGGCCCCGUUUCCCUAACCAGUCAAUUGUCGUACCCACUCAACCUUUCCGCUUAGGUCGGGUGUUAUAGCCAGAGUUCCAUGUCUAGGGCUCAGUUGAAACCUCACGUCAUUGUAGUUAAGUUCCUUGCUCUUGCCAUUGUCUUUUAUGGCUGUGCCUUCUCACUCAGUGCCUGCCAGAGGCUUUUCCCCCCCCUUUUCGUUCUGUUAACAAGUACCGUGCAUGCCGAGUGAUCCUCGUGAGGUUAUUUCAUUUUAAUUUCAUUUUCCCAGGCGCCUGCUUGAGUACUGCCUGUUGCUUGGCAGCCAAAGCCUUCAGUAGCAACAUGUCUUCCUCUUCUUGCCUUCCAUGGUUCAAAGUACUGUAUUUUCCUCUUAUGGUACUAACUUAGCUGUGUCCGCUGGUGCAAGCCGACGUGAGAAAGGCAAGCGUUAAAAUCCUGGCUCGGACACGAAAGGAAGACUUCUCCUGCCGAAAAGAGAACCUGGCGCAGUUUUACGCAGGCCGGUGUAAACCCAUAACCUUCUGCUUUAGAGGAAAGUGUUCAGUUGGCUUGUGGUACUCUUUUAAUAGUCAUGAAUGUAGGCAGCUGAGCUUUUGUAUAUGCAUUACAGAAUUUUACUGAAAACAGGAUUCCCUAGUGGAAAUGUCCAAAGGGCUCACCCUCCUCAUUGCUAUUACGUCAUGGGCAUUUUACGAGCGCGGUCUUCUACGAACAGUUUAUGUCCUGUUUGAAUAUGAUACUGCUCGAUGACAACCCACACCCCAUGCAGUCCAGAAUUCCUUUCAAAACAUCUCUUCAUUUUUUUGAAACCCUAGAAAAUGUGAAUGGAGUGGAAGUCAGUGCAGUCUCUCUCUUUUUUCCUGAGUCCGCAGAAGUCUAAUUUUCAGCUUGUAAACUCAAGUUUACAAGAGCCAGUUUGGUGUAGUGGUUAAGAGCGUGGACUCGUAAUCUGGGGAACCGGGUUCGCGUCUCCGCUCCUCCACAUGCAGCUGCUGGGUGACCUUGGGCUAGUCACACUUCUCUGAGGUCUCUCAGCCCCACUCACCUCACAGAGUGUUUGUUGUAGGGGGAGGAAGGGAAAGGAGAUUGUGAGCCGCUUUGAGACUCCUUUAGGUAGUGAUAAAGCAGGAUAUCAAAUUCAAACUCAGCUCUUCUUCUCUGAUGUGCUUACAGUUCUAUGUUUUCGCUUUUUGGCGUUUAAAUUAAGUCACCAGCUUCCCGAAGCUUAAAUGCCAUAUCCGGAUUGGGACCGCGGCAUUUUUUCCAAUACUUACCUGUUAUUACAUUUAAAGAAGGCUGAACAUCAGAGUAAAUACAUCACCAGCUGUGACACUCGUUGCUAUAAUUAUUUUCCUUCCACCAUUACAAGGAUUUUUUCUUUUUCUUUCUCCCAUCCUUGUUAUAUCAAAUGCCCCUGAUAUAACUGAAAGUGCAGAUUCUCUCCAUUGUUAAAAAGCAAUCCCGCCCGCAACCCUGCAAGAAAAGAGGUAGCUUGGACUACCAAGGGGUUGGGGGUGGGAUUUUGACCUUCAAACAUGGUGCCGUUUACAACAGACAUGACUCAUGAGUGCAGGUUUAAUUGGGACUCCCUUUUCCACAUCACAACUUUCUUUGUCACCCACAUCAAGCCACGUGCAUAGCUGCCAAGUCUCCCGUAUUCCCCAGGAAACCCCCGUUUUUCCAGCCGUUCCUAGCUGGAAAAACGGAAUUUUUUUUGUUUUUUCCCGGUUUACUUACCGGCCGGGGGAGGCUCCUUCUGCGCAUAACUGGAGUCUGGACAUGCGCAGAAGCGAUUCCUGGAGCGGUGGCCAUUUUGUAACUGGGUGGAGCAUGCGCAGAAGCGACUUUCGAUGCUGCUCUGCCCAGUUUCAA